AGUCUGUGUCCAUGUGCAGCCGCCGACAACAUGGCGGUGAUGAAGCAGCCGGGGAGGGAACUAACCAGGGAUUUGCUAUCCCUUGGUGCAGAAGAGGAGGAUUUGUUCAAGACUGAACAUCACCUGACCGAUAGUGAAGAUGAGAAUGGCAGUGAUGAUGAGAGAAAACACCAAAAGCUGCUGGAGGCAAUUAGCUCCCUUGGUGACAAAAAAAGGAAGAAGAAGAUGGAGAGGACAGAGGCUAGUUUGCAGGUUUCAGAGUUUACUGUCAGUUCAGAAGGCACGGAUGAGAAGAUUCAGCUAUCGGAUUUGUUGGGAAGCAUCGAACCAUCGUCUUCUUCUUUAAAUAACCUGAAAAAACAGCUCACAAAGUUUGAGAAAGCAAGCAAGACGCUUGAUUUACCCCUCAACAAGCAGCAAAGUGAAAAGAUUCAAAGGACAUUGGCAUACGAGAAAACGACAAAGGAGAUUACAAAAUGGGAUUGUGUUGUGUUACAGAACCGGAAAGCAAAGCAGCUCACCGUUCCACUAAACAAGGAACCACUUACUGUCAAACUAAUGGAGGAAAUGAUAGCUGGUUGGAAGGCCCGGACACCCUUGGAACAGGAAAUUUUUAACUUGCUUCACAAAAACAAGCCAGUAACUCUGCCUGUUAUGACAGAUCGAGAACAUGCUUCCCGGCGAGCUAUGUGUCUGGAGGAGGCACAAGAGCGUCGAGCUGAGCUGCAGAAAGCAAGAGCUCUUCAGUCAUAUUAUGAGGCGAGAGCAAAAAGAGCAAAGAAAAUCAAGAGCAAAAAGUUCCAUAAAAUCGUGAAAAAGGUGAAGCACAAGGAGAUUUUGAAGAAGUUUGAAGAACUAAGAAAGACUAAUCCUACGGCAGCUCUUGAAGAACUGAAGAAAAUGGAACAAAUGCGAAUGGAGGAAAGAAUGUCGCUCCGGCACCAAAAUAGUGGAAAAUGGGCCAAAUCUAAGGUCAUCAUGGCAAAAUAUGAUAAUGAGGCUCGUAAUGCAAUUCAGACGCAGUUACAAAAGAAUAAACUACUCACGACAAAAGUGAUCCCUCAGUCAGAGAGUGAGGAUGAAGUGGAAGCUGAGGUGGACAAGGAUGACAUUGUUCCAGAUUUUGUGAAUGAUGUUCAGAUGAGCACUACAGCUAACCCUUGGAUGUUGGGAAAACUGAGCACUGAUCCACAGAAUUUUGAAGCUGAGAAACCGGAGGUAGUUUCUGCUGUGAAGUUGGAUGACAGUGGAGAAUCAGACGAGGGGGAGAAACCAUCAGAAGAUGAGAUGUUACUGCAGGAAUUCGAUGAACGAAGGAAAAUCCGUAAAAAAAGUGAUGGUGCACAGACUGUUAAAGUGGGUGAAAUAAUGGAUGCAGAUAGUGUUAACAAUAACAAAGAACAGAAAACCACUGUGCCUAUUGACCAGGACAAAAAAGAGGAUCAUCUCGAUGAAGACGUGUAUGAAUUUAAUCAUAUUUUUAAGACAUUGGUUAAGAAUAAAUCACAGCCUUUGUUGAUCAAACCGAAGAAAAAUCAAAGAAAAAAUAAGAAAUUGAGAAUUGAGAACAGCAAGGAGGACGCACAGAUACCGGCAGAGGAAGAAGGCCCAAUACUAAAUGAACAGUUGGAACGCAAAAAGACUGUCGAAGAACUUGAGGCUUUGGGUCGUGAUGAAAAACAUGAACUUAAUGAGGCAUCAGCCUUGAAUACACCAUAGCUAUAUUUAAGAGGG